GCAGUCUGUUCAGUUGUUCCCUUCUUCCAUCCCUCUCUCUAUUCAAUCGCAAGACAGCUUCAUCGUGCCCCAAGAUGAUGGACAUCGAGUCAGGCGCCAAAGUGCGAGAGCGCACGGCUUCCGAGACCACCGACAAAGGCCUCGCACACGGCCACCACAAGUUCCCCGUCGUGGCCGUUGUGGCACUCGCCGCGAUUGCUGUGGCCGUGGCUGGAUUGGUCGUGGGAGCCGUUGCCCUGCAGAAAGCCGUCUUCAAGGAGACUGCCACGGACGGCGUGGUGAGUGCAGUGCAUGGCAGAUCUAUCGAAUACAGACAGGGAGAGGGAGGAGGGCAGGGUGUGUGUCGAUGACUGUCUGUCUGUCUGUCUGGUUGUGUGUGUUUGGUGUGUGCAGAUGGUGCACAUGACGGCGGGAGCGGACGAUCAGCAUCGGGUCCUGCAGGCUUUGUGCAUGGCCAACCGCAUGGUAAGCACACGAAAGAGCGGCUGUACACUUUGCUGCCCACACAUGAGCGUGUGUGUGUGUGUGUGCAGGUCGACGCGGGCAAGGACGUGAUUGUCUUCUGCGAUGUCGACUGCCCCCCGGUGAUGGCCAAGACUGCCGAGGACUUCACGAUCGAGGAGGCCCCUUGUGUGGCCGACACAUCCAAGAGUGGUCUGAUUGACAAGCUGGUGGCCAGGGGGGUGCCGAUCUCUGUGUGCCCGGGGUGCGUCGCCAAACACGGCCUCUCGAUGGAGGACCUCAGAGACGGUGUUGACGAGGUAACCAGCCACACACACACACAGGGGACGGAGGGAGGGAGGGAGGAGUGCAUCAUCGAUGACCAUACGUGUGUGUGUGUUUGUGUAUGUGUGCAGCACGACGCCAACGAGUUCUUCGCCUUCACGGAGGGCCGGAUGCUCCAUUUCGACUACUGACUGAUUGUACAACCAGCCAGCCGCGUGUGUUGCGUUGGGUGGCUCUCUUUCUUCUUUGCUAUGCGUGUCAGUCGUGUGAGCCACCCUCUCUCCCUCUCCUCCCUCUCCGACACACAGCGCUUCUAAUGUGCUCUUUUUGGUGUCUGCGUGUGUGUGCCCAUACGGAUGGCUGGCCAUUGGGGCGCAGCGCAUAUGAAUGGGCCCGGUGGGUGCGUCAGUCAGUCACUCACUCACUCAGCCAGGGGUGUAGUGCGGCACAGGGGCGUGUGUGACCGACCGCUUCCGAGUGACCGCUUCCUUUGUCCAUCGCCCAUUCACAGAGGGGCUGUGUGCUUGGGCGAUGGACGGCAGGUCACGUGACAGGUGCUCUCGUGUGUGUGUGUGUGUGUGUGUAUGUGCCCUUUAUCGUAUGCGCGUCGUGUGUGUCCUUGCUCUUUUUAUAUAUAUGUGGAUCACGAUUCAUGGCGCUUCAUGUGGCUCUGUGGCUGCCAUGCCAUGGGUGUGGCGCGUUUCCGUCCGCAGGACUGAUCGACGGAUGGGCCACUGUGUGUGGUGUGGUUGUGGGUGUGGGUGUGGGUGUGUUGUGUGCCCAUGCGGUUGUGUGCAUGCCGCACGGAUGGAUGGAUGGAUCGGCGGCUGACAGAGACCUGCAAUGGAUCGGAUUGCUCG